AUUUGUUUUGGGUUAUAAAUAUCUAUCAAUUUUUGAUCUGUUCUUAUAGAUAUAUCAAUGGGCUUGCACUUGCUGCUGGCUGUUAUGCCUUCUUUUUUUUAUUCUAUAUGGGAUUAGUUAAGCUACUGUUUGAAUUUAAGAAUUCAUUAAUUCCUGUGGCUGUGAAAAGGGGCAUAACUUUACUAGAGGCUGCUGCACAGAACCCAACUGUACCACUGCGCGGUGCAUGCGAAGGAUCUCUAGCAUGCACUACUUGUCACGUGGUGUUAGAUAAGUCUGUGUUUAAAAAGUGCGGAGCAGCAUCAGAAAGAGAGGAGGAUCUGCUAGAUACAAGCAAGCUUCUUACAUCUACAUCUAGACUAGGGUGCCAAGUAAAGGUAAUUCCAGAAAUGGAAAACAGUAUAAUCAGAAUACCAAAUAUUAACAAAAAUAUACUGUAG